GGUAUUGUUGAGAAAUCUGCUGUCAAACGUAUACUUUUUAUUAUAUACGCUGGUAAAUUCUUUGAUAAAAAUCUAUUCAUUUUCAUAAAAUUUCUACAUUUAAUACGAAUUAUUUUGAAUUAUCAACAACAUGGGAACAAAAAGAAAAAAUAUUGAAGAUGAAUUGUCACGUUUCGAGGCGGAGAUCUCCAAACCAGCAUCUGCAGCCACAACCACACGCAAUCUUUUCGUACCCAACCAGGUGAGACCUAUAAUAGCAGCCAAUACAUACAGCCAGGUACAGCAGAAGCUGCAACAACAACCCACCACAACAGCAAGUGCUGUGGUGGCGGCACCACCUAAUAUACAGCCUAGAUUAACAGUACAACCUCCACCCAUACCGCCACCAGCAUUCAUGCCCACUUUUGUACCCACACAAGCGGUAAAGGCUGCCGCGCCCGUUACCACUACACCAGUGGUGUUAAGCAGUGCACCGAAAUUGUAUCAGAGUCGCCAAUCGGUAAAUGUUCCUUCGGUACCGGUGGCCAUGCCCAUAGAUGUUAAUGCCAUACAGUUUGAUGUUACACAAAAACUGAAAAAGUUAAAAGCCGAAAAAUCCGGUCCAAAUCCCAUUGCAGAAGAAGCCAUAAAGGCAGCAAAGGCCUCAUCGGCUUUGCAGUCGUUUCAAUCAACCGAAAAGAAAAAGAAAGACCGCAAAACGGUGCGCAUAGCUGGCGGUCAGGUGUGGGAAGAUGCCUCUUUGGCCGAUUGGCCUGACGAUGAUUUCCGCAUCUUCUGCGGUGAUUUAGGUAAUGAUGUCAAUGAUGAAGUCCUAACACGCACCUUCAACAAGUAUCCCUCGUUCCAAAAAGCUCGUGUAGUACGUGACAAACGUACAGGUAAAAGUAAAGGUUUUGGUUUUGUUAGCUUUCGUGAACCGGCUGAUUUUAUAAAAGCAAUGAAAGAAAUGGAUGGCCGUUAUGUGGGCAGUCGCCCCAUUAAACUGCGUAAAAGCUCUUGGCGCCAACGCAGCUUGGAUGUAGUGAAGAAAAAGGAGCGUGAGAAACAAUUACUACUGCAGUCAUUUAAUGCUUAGUAAUGUUUUGUAAAACUUCGGCUCAUAUAUUAGAAUUAGGCUUCAAUUUAGGUGCAUAUUUUUGGCUAAUAAAAUAAUUAUACAUAAAUAACAUUU